AUGUUACUCUUAUGGGAAAAUAAAUACGAAAAAAUUGUCGACUUGCGAUCUGAAUCAUUUCUUAACGAACAUCUGAUCUUUGUUCAUCUGCUUUCCAAAUGUUCACUCACUCAAAUUUUGACCAACAUUCUUGAUGAGUUACUUUGGUUAAAAGAAAUUGUAAAUUAUGCAGAAAUACUGGAGACAAAUAUGACUCAAUGUAAACUAAUUCAAAUAGAAAAGGAUGCAACUACUUAA